AUGGUAGCCCUGUUUUCCAUUCGUCUCAGAGGUCCAUUUGGCCCAUACAAUUUCACCGUCAAUGAACUGCCACCAAAAGCCAGGUUCCGUGCAACCACACUAGCUGGUUUAUGGUUUGGCAGGAAAAAGCCAGACAUGUCUCUCUUCAUGAAAGAGUUUGCAUUUGAGGCAAAUGCCAUUGGACUGAUCAACUGGACACAUAACAACAAGACGUACUGCUCUAGUGUGCACGUCAUUGGCUGCAGCGUUGACUCACCAGCCCGAGCUGCGGUCCAAAAUCACGUUUUGUAUGCUGGCUAUUUUGGUUGCCCUUGGUGUGUGAUUCGAGGCCAAUACAUCGAUGGACAUGUUCGCUACAUUGCAUCUGAGGACGAGCGACCAGAAAUGCGCACAGCUGAACGCACAACUCGGAACGCAGAGAUUGCUGCACGACUGUCUGCCAGGGCUGGUCAUUGCGUCCCAGUUGAAGGUGUCAAGGGGCCGUCAUCACUCUCCUUACUUCCACAUUUUGAUCCAGUUUGGGGAUAUUCUGUAGACUACAUGCACUGUGCACUUUUAGGAGUGAGCAGGCAGUUUACAGAACUUCUCUUAUCAUCGUCAAGUUAUGACAAAAGGUUCUACAUUGGGAGUACUGCAAGUGUGGAGAGAAUAGACAAACGGCUUCUAAGCAUUUCACCUCCUCACUGCUUCACUCGGCUACCAAGGUCUGUGAGAGAGCGUUCCAACUGGAAGGCAAGUGAAUGGAAGAAUUGGAUUCUCUACUACUUCCUCCUAUGUACUGCUGAUAUACUUCCACUGCGAUACUGGAGGCACAUGUGCCAAUUUUCUGAGGCACUUCAUAUUCUCCUGUCAACUGAGUUGACUGAGAACAUGGUUAAAAAAGCAGACCAUCUUCUGUCAGAGUUUGUAUGUCACGUUCCAACCCUGUAUGGGGAGAGCAGCGUGACAUUUAAUGUACACCAACUGCAACACCUGGCUUCAACUGCUAGAAACCUUGGCCCACUUUGGGCAAAUUCAGCAUUUAGCUUCGAGAGUGGCAACGGACGUCUCCUGAAGCAGAUAACAGCAGCAAAAGGCGUGCCACACCAAGUGAUUGAACGAGUGAUCAUCUCCCAGGAUUUGCACGAAGUGCUGUCAUCAGAACAGCUUCCUCCUGAUGCAUCCUCGUACUGUAAAGGCUUGUUGGGCUGUGAACCUAUCCAGAAUGCUGUGUCUGUGGGGAAUGUGUGUCUUCUAGGAAAAGGGAAAUUCGUUUCGACUUUCACAUCUCAUGAACAGACUGCUCUUGCAGAAGUUCUGGGUGAGUGCCCCACAAGUGCUCUUGAGUACAAACGCUUUAUAACUGGUGGGGAAGUAUUCCACACAGUGAGCUAUGCCGCAUCAAUGAGAAGAAACUGUUCCGCAAUAGUUUGCAGUGAUGAUGCAUCAUAUUGCAUCUUGCGGGUUCUUAAAGUGGCUUGUGAGGAACAUGAAAGAUGUGUACUGCUGUGCAAGCCAGUCAACGAAACUGAGAGUGUGCUACCACUGCCGCAGCAUAUUACAGAGUGCUUUCUUUCGCCCCUACGUGACAUGAAAUGUGUAAAUGCCAAUGAUAUAGUUUCUCCGUGCCUUUUCGUAAACUUCAAGCACGAAGAAGUGACAUAUUUGUGCCACCUCCCAAACACAAUUGAGAGAGACUAGCAUACGUUUUUACUUGGAUUGUGCUGUAAUAGAAGUCAUCAGGUGGCAGCUAUUUUUCUUCUUGUUUGGUGGGGGUGUCAGUAUGUAUAAUUUCGUAUAGUGACAGUAAGUUGUAUGACAGUUGCGACUGAAAGUGGCAGUGACUGUAGACAUAGUACUGUGUGCUGAAAAAUCUUUUGGAUAUUAAUAGCGGUAAAACCCCGUUGCUGAAGAGACGAGAUGGGACGGCACAAGCACACAGCACCAACUGGCAAGCAGUGUUUAUUGAAGACGACAGCUGCUCUUUUAACCAAGGCCAAGGAGUGUUCGCUAAUGCAAUUCCAGGAUCCUUGCUUUGGCAAAGUGCUGUCAUUUUUACCUGCUAUAAGCAUGGAAUGCAUACUAAAUGCACGGAAUAAAACCCCGGCACGGGGGUUUUGCCGCUUUUAAUGUAAAGAACCAAACUGCCCAAUUUCUUACCAGUCUUAUUCUUUACCAGCUGUCCAUCCGAGCGCACUUGUAAAUCUGGCUAAUAAUUAGAGCCUGAAGUUUCAGGGUUUAACCCGAUUCUUUCCAGAAUUUGCACCCCGAAUUAGCAUAAAUUUAGAGCGCACGUUUAUUUACCCUAUUUUUGCCUCCCGAAUUUAGAAAAAAAUAUUUCCCAAAAACUUCAGGCUCUACUUCAGAAAAAUUGCACAAUAUUGUGUUGAGAUUCUGGCCUGACAAGGCUGCCUAGCAGUACAUCAAUCAUAU